UUGCCGGCAGAUAUUUAGGCACGAUCGGUGCUCACUUAUAAUCAGUGAUCAGAUCAGAUUGCUGCCCACAGUAUGGCGGUAAGUAUAAUUCAUUGGAAACGUCUAUGCCCGUGAUUUUUUUUAUUAUUAUUUUAUUUUUAUUUCAGUUUUUUAAACUAAGGUUUCCACGAGGCCUUACGCCAAGUCGAUGGCGGUCGAGAGAUACGAUAAUUGAAUUGCCCCGUGAGGUAGAUCAGGAGAAGACCGCUAUCGAAACGAGACAAAUAUGACACCCCUGGGCAUUCAUUUUACAAUUAUUGACUGUUUUUUAUGGUUUAAUCUUUUUCUCUAUUAUACAUUUGGAGUUGAAAAGACAGAAAUGUUCUUAUGCUCUUCUUUUACACUCAAAAGCAUGAUGCUCGAAUUUGCGAGCAUAAGUUAUCUGACGCUACUUAUGACGUUUUGACACGCUUAAUGGUCAUUAAUAAGUGAGCGGAAGUUAAAGGUGUCAUAAUACGCAGCUUAGCAGCAUUUGCGUGUAUACAACUUGGGUUACCUUUGCUUCCAGGUUAUCCUUUUUGCCGGCAGAGAUUUAGGCACGAUCGGUGCUCACUUAUAGUCAGUGAUCAGAUCAGAUUGCUGCCCACAGUAUGGCGGUAAGUAUAAUUCAAUGGAAACAUUUAUGCCCGUGAUUUUUUUUAUUAUUUUAUUUUAAUAUCAGUUUUUUUAAUUAAGGUUUGUUCGACGCCUUACGCCAAGCCGAUGGCUAUCGAGAGAUACGAUAAUUGAAUUGCCCCGUGAGGUAGAUCAGGAGAGACCACUAUCGAACGAGACAAAUAUGACACCCCUGGGCAUUCAUUUUAUUAUUAUUGACUGUUUUGUAUAUUAUUUUUGGUCGUUUCGGUCGUUUUGUUUGGUCGGCAGGUUUGUUUCGUUUCGAUCGUUUCGUUCUGGUCGUUUCGUUGGUUUCUCUUGUUUUCUUUCGUUUUGCUCACGAUUUCAUUUAAUGUUUCUAAAUUUGGUUAUUGCACGGGGCAGUUACCGAAAUCAAUGAAAAAUGCCCUAUAUCUCAGUCAAUCGACAUAUAAGUAAUUGUCCCCUCUAUACAGUAAAUACGCCAUUUUCAAAUAAUUGCUUAUUUUGCACUGUUAAAAAAAAAAAGUUUGUUUAACCAGUAGGGUGCGCCUGCUACGCCUCUUUAUCUGGUUCGCUUUAUCUGCUCUUCUUUUUCUCUCGAAAAUCAUAUUUGUAGAUACUGCACUCCGUUAGGCGUCACAUGCCUAUACAGUUGUUAUAGAGAAGUAUUUCAAGGGUUUUACAUUGAUUUGAACCAUAUGGAAGCGAGUUAAUCCGAUUAUUUUGGACCAGGGAAAUUUUGUAUUAGUUCCUUUCGCCGUUGGGAACAUAUCCUGCAAGGAAUUUUUUUCAUCGUUUAAAGUACUGUGAUAUCAUGUCAAAGACUUGGAUAAUUGCGCAACAUUUCCACGAUCGACUAGUUCCUUUCAGACCAACAUAAUUUUGGGCAUGAUGCGCCGAUCAUUUCGAAGCUUCAAUUCCCCCCCUCCCCCCUUACUGGUAACCCACAGGUAUUUGAUCGUCGUCCAUGCCUGGGGGGGAGGAGGGAUUUAGAUCUUGCCUACCUGGGAUGGAGAAUUUGGACCAUAGGUGUCAAAUCUUUCCAGCGGAAUACAAGACAAGCGUUAUAUCUUUUUAACAUGGGGGUGUUUAAAGGUAAACAAUUCACUUUCACAAGCGAAUGACUGCGAUAAAGGGAAAAGGUCAGCAAGGCUUUGUCAAUGUGUAGAAAGUCACGGCCACCAGAUUUUCGUUUUAUGAAAAAUCUGAGCGGUGCAUCUAAAUACAAUUUUUAACCUGAUGGGGGGUAGGGUCAGGAAUUUGGACAAGCCAAUCUUCAAAAGUUCAAAUACCCAGGGGUUGAACAGGGGGGGAUGUUGAAACUUCGAAUGCUACAGUCAGAGCAUCGAACGUAAUGCUGACAUAAUGAUUAACUUCCUAGAAUUUCCCUCGAUGUUGCCGUCUAACAAGAGAUAAAUUCUGUAGCCUGAUUAAUGUCAAGAGUGACCUUGUUUUUCUCGCUUGUUCUUUAAUAAAUAUUUCCAGUUACUGUUAGAAAGUUUUACCUGAUAGUAGUAGGAAUAGGGGGGUGUAGUUUGAGGCAUCUUAACGGCUAUUUUCAUGAAUAAUUGAUUUAAGCAUUACGAAAAAUUUUGAGCAUAAUUUUCGGCAUAAUGUCAUGGUUCAAGGGGCGACACUCAAAAGCAUGAUGCUCGAAUUUUCGAGCAUAAGUUAUCUGACGCUACUUAUGACGUUUUGACGCGCUUGAAGGUCAGUAAUAAGUGAGCGGAAGUAAGAGGUGUCAUAUUGCGCAAUUUAGCAUUUGCAUAUCUACAACUUGGGUUACCUGUGCUUCUUGGUUGUCCUUUUUACUGGAAGGGAUUUAGGCACGAUCGGUGCUCACUUACAUUCAGUGAUCAGAUCAGAUUGCUGCCCACAGCAUGGCGGUAAGUGCCUUCAGUUUGAUUAUUCCGGUGGAGCAGUCUUUGUUUCAGUUGUGUGGUUAGAUCAAUAAACUUUGUCACGUUUAUUUGUCACUAGCUGUGGACACUAUUCAAAGACAAAGCAUGCUCGAGUUUAUGCAAAUAAGCGAUAAGGCUUGUUGGUAUCAGCUGUUUCUUGCAGAGAUAACACGACAAUGACGGUUUGUUUUUAUAGCGUUAUUUAAUUGGGUAAUCUUAACGAAAGAUUUAUGUCAAUCGCUACUGAUGUCAUUUCCUAGCCAAAGUCAAAAAUGGUCGUUAGAAGUGACUGUUCUGGGUCGAAGGAGCUGGAACAAAUUGUGGAAAAUAGAGUCUAAGUAGAUCGCGAAUAUCGUUACCAAUUUGAUCAGUUACAGGCGCGAACAUUUUGGACAAGAUUAUUUUGAAGCUUAUUUGUACAAAACAAAAUAAAGAUGUAAUCUCCGUACCAUGAAAUACUAUGUAAGAAGUGAGUUAGUGGCACAAUCAGUCUUGGUGAAUAUGGAGAUUGACUCCUUAGGCAUGCGACAGAAAGCUAUUUUUGGCAUCUUUCCACAAUUAUGUAAAUGAUAGCUAUUGUAGUCUGACAAUAUCGAAACCACACUGUUCAGUGUCCAAGUACUGUAGAAGUGAUUUUGAAAUGUUCACUCUGUGUCAUGAGCAUAUGCAGGGUUGAGUAAAUUCGCUCGACACGAAUGAAAAAGCAUAAUAUUUCGAAUACAAACAAACAUAAAUAAUUAGGUUCGAAAUUGCGAGAUUUCAUCAAUCAAAUGGGUGGUGUACGAGUGAAUUGGACAACUUGGAAAGUGCAUGAAAAGUAAUUUUCUUGUGACUCGGACUGAGAUUUGAAGGUUUCGUGGUUCUGGCUUACUGUUGAGAACCUCGAUUCGUCUACGAUAGAAAGCUGACUGUGAACUUCAAAUCAGUUUUUGACUGUACAAAGGAGCAGAGUUCAUUUGAUAUGAGGAAGAACCGCAGACCUACCAGUUUUUUGGAUUGGACAUGUUUUCCGAUAUUCAAAGAUAACUUUUGUCAAGUCUCCUGUGUCGCAAGAGAGAACGCGAAAUAUUCAAUAACUAAUUAACCAAAUUUAAGUUGUUGAUCGGUGAAAAAAUUUACCACAUACAUAGUGAUAUAAUGAUAUUGACAAUGAAAAUUACAAUAACAGUGACCAUAAAAACAGCAGAGGCAGUAACAGUGACAAUGACAGUGACAUUUACAGUGACAGUAACAGGGAGAAUGAUGAAUGAAGACAAGGAGAGGGAUGAUCACAAUUACAAUGAUUACUUUAAGACAGAGAAACAACAGAGAGAAGCUGAGAGCACAUACCAAAAAAACAUGUAUGUUGACUUAAAAUUAUUGAUGAACAAUCCUUAUAAACAAACUUCAAGUAGAAGAGAAGUACAAUGCAUAUGAUGAAAACAUAAGUUUAAUUCAUUACUUCAAGGUAUGGCAUAUCAAAGUUGUACUUACCAUUUCUUAAAGAUAUUUUUCACUCUUCAGUCUGGUCCAUUUUGAUUCACUAAAUACAUCAAAUCUCACAAGAAAAAACAUGAGAUAAAAUUAUGUGAAACUUACCCAAAUUUGUGAUGACAUAAAUGACAAAGGUAAUCAGGAUAACAAUAACAGAGACUGAAAGUGACGGUGACAAUGAAAGUGACAAAGACAGCAAUAGUGACACUCACAGGGACAAUAAGAGAGACCAUGACACCGACAGUGACUAAAACAGAGGCAAUGACAUUGACAGUGACAGAUACACUGACAGUGACAGACACAAUGAUACUGACAGUGACAGACACAAUGACACUGACAAUGACAGACGCAAUGACACUGACAGUGACAGACACAAUGACAGUGACAGACACAAUGACAGUGACAGACACAAUGACACUGACAGUGACUACAACAGAGACAGUGUUACUGACAGUGACUACACAGAAACAGCAAAACCAACAUUUUAAUGAUAAUGAUAAUGAAAGUAUCAGUGACCUGUUAGUGACAAGGAUAAUGUCAUUAGCAAUGACAGUAACAAUGUUAAUGAUUAAUAUUACCCAUGGUAUCCACAUUGGUGAGGUGGUUUUCAGAAGCAAUCUCCCUUAUCAACUUUCUUUUCUUGCCAUCAGAAAAUUAUUUAACUGUUAUGCAUCCCCUUUGGAGAAUUUGGAGCUGUUCAUACCUCUUCCCUUUUUUGCAUGCUCAGAGAACUUUGUUUGGUAAAUGAAUUUGGAAUGGGAAAUUCAGCUGAUUGUGUAAUCAAAUAUGAAAUCUUGCCCCAAGAAAUAUCCUCAUUUAUCUGUAAGAAGUAAAUUAAAAUUCCAAAAAAUGAAAGUAUUUAAAGGAGUGAUGUGUUUGUUGUGGCUUUUCUAGAUAAUUCAUAUAUGUACUCAAUUGUACUCAAAGAUGAAAUUUACAUAAACAGCAAAUUGGAACAAUUUUUUGGAAUGCCUGAACUCAUAGAAAGAUUACAUCAAAUAUACAUCAAAAGCAUGAAAAUUACCAAAAAUUUUAAAAUUCAAAUUUGUGUAAGUUCCUUCAAGAGUCACAGUGUUAUUUCCACCAUUUGUAAUGGCUUUUUAAUUAAGAACACUCACACAUCACCAGCUUGGCUGUGGCUAAUUUUUAUGCUGGCUUAUGUUUAUCUGACCCUGGUCAUGAACAGAACUCUUCCAUCAGGAAAAUGUUGCAUAAUUAUCCAACUCAUUGACAUAAUAUCACAUAACUUUAAAUGAUAAAAAGAAAAUUCCUUGCUGGAUGUGUUCCAGACAGUCACAGUGUUAUUUCCUCCAUUUGUAAUGGUUUUUUGAGAACACUCACACAUCAUGAUCACUAGAUAUGGCCAUAGAUGAUCUUUUAAGCUCUCAAAGAUAUGAGCUAAGAGCUUUGAAGAUAUUCAAAUUUCCUCCAAUCCACUUUACAAUGAACUUAUUACACAGGGCAGUUGAAGGAUGUCUCUCCUGUCACUUUUUCACAACUCUUUUGUGCCUUUACAGUCAACCCCCAGCAACUCAGACACAGUCAAACAAGGUACCAUGACAAAAAAGAUACGAGCCAAGAGGAAGCUGAACUUUUCAGCCUCAGAUUACAGAAGCAAGAAAAAGUUUCGCCUGAAGAGUGAUCUCAUGAUACCUGUCACUCCUCUUCAACUAAAAAAAGGUCACACACCAACUUCCAGUGAUAAGGAGACAGCCAAUCAUGAAGAGGUAAAUAACUGAUGUGAAUCAAUGUCCAUAUCUGAGUAACUGCACACCUACCCCUCCCCUAGCUCAAAAUUAACCCUAACUUGUUAUCAGUUGACUGCUGUUUAUUAAGGGGAGGGGUAAGUGCACAGCUGCUCAGAUACUGACAUUGAUCCAAAAUGAUCUUCAAAUAGUCUUGUAGGUUUGCAUAAUGAAGUUAAUGCUUUGUUGAAUGUUAAAAGAACCAGGAAUGGACACUGAGACAAAUUUAGUAGGAAAAUUAUCAGACCAAACUUUUGAGCUAUCUGUGGUCCUUUUUAAUCUCUUCACUCUUAAGGUCUUAUUUAUUUAAUAAUUCUCCUUACUAUCUGUGAUACAAUUCUUAUCAUGUAUGUUUGGAGAGUUUGGUAUUGGAUCAACUGAUAAUCUCCCAAUUGAUAUUUUUCUUUAUGGUCAUCACUUAUCUGCUUGUUAUUGAAUUUAUAAUGUAAGGAGAAAUUCUGUUUUGGUCACUCAUUAGAGUUAAUGUGUUAAAAUAAUUAUAGCUCUUAUAUUUCUUUUGUUGAGAGUGACUGCUUGUAGGAAAAAAGCAAUUGUUUCCUGACUAUUUGCCUGAUAUUUCUCCAUACAAGUUUUAUUUAAGGUCUGAGAUUUACUAGGUUACAAAGUAUUUGAUAUCUCGCAGGUAGAACCAGUCAAAUAUCUCAUUGGGCAGUUGAUCUGGGGCAGAUUGAAAGGAUUUGACUGGUGGCCUGGGCGAGUUAUUUCCAAUAUUGAAGCACAAAAGUCCCCAGCUGUAGAAGGUUCUUAUUGGAUCAAGUGGUUUGGAGAUAACAAAAUAUCAAUGGUUUGUUAUAGUUUAUUUAGUGUCAGCUCCAAAGCUUAUACCAAAGUGAUGACAUCAGCCAAUAAGAGUGAUGGGUUAACAUUGCAAGGAAGCUCAAACUGCUAAGUAGUUGUUGAUCUGUUGGUUUAAAGUAGGAAGGGCUGUGUAUGUUUCCAAUCCCAGUUAAAGAGUGUUAACAGACAUGCAGCAAAACCAAAUACACACAUUUUUUCAUUACCAACAUUUAUUUACUGGUUGAGCCCCAUCUUGUUUAGUUUGUUUGGAGACAGAUCUUACACCCUGCUUUAUGUUCUCUUGGUAUUAUAAUAAGAGAUUUGGGAUAUUAAGGUUAGGGAAAAUGGUGCCAAGAAUGCACUAUUAGUCAGUGAACUUGCAAAGAGCCUAAACAAAUUGACUGAUCAUGUGGGUUCUAGCUCUAUAUUAAUUUUGCACAUUCAGUUGGAAAGAGAAAUACUUAAGUUGGUUUCUUUAUCAUCUCAUUGUAAAGUCUUAAAAUGCAAGUAACCAAAGAUGUAUAUUUAUUGCAAUAACAGGCCAGACUUUUUUAUUUAUUUUGUAGCUUCCUGUUGUAUGUUUACGGCCACUUUACGAGUUCAAAGAGAGUUUUCACCUAUCAAGGAUGAGAGGUCUUUAUAAGACAGCCAUCAUUACCAGCUUAGAGGUACCUGCUAUUAUUUAUUAUUGAUGCUUUUCAUUUUCAUAGGUAUGGCUUUAUCUGUCCAUAUAUCAGUCAGUCAGUCUGUUUAUAUGUCAGUUAAGGAUUAAGUCAGUGGACUGUUGGUUCAUAUAUCAGUCAGUAAGUCGGUGGACUGUUGGUUCAUAUGUCAGUCAGUCAGUCAGUCAGUCAGUCUGUGUGCUGAUAUAUCAGUCAGUAAGUCAGUGAUCAGGACUGUCUGUCUGUAUUUCAGUUAGUGAGUCACUGGACUGACUAUCCAGAUAUCAGUGAGUCACUGGACCAACUGUCCAGAUGUUAGUCAGUCAGUGGACUGCUUGUCUAUAUGUUGGUCUGUCUGAUACCAGUCAGUCAGACUGUCUACCUGUAUUUUAGGGGUAGUUUGUUCUUAUAUCAGUCAGUCAAUAAGUGAGAAGGGUGUCAGUCCAAAUGUUAGUCAGUCAGGCUGUCUGUUGAUAUGUCUAUCUGUCUGUCUGUCUGUCUGUCUAUCUGUAUUUGUUUUUUUUUAUGAGUCAGUUAGUCUGUCAGUCAUUAAUUUAGUUGUUCAAUUAUUUUUCCCAAGAACUCACCCCCCCAAAAAAACUGUAUAGUCAUUGUAUGAAAUCUCUUUGCAGAACAGGACCUUUUGAAAAAACCUUUUUUGGUUUUUGGGAAAAUCCUUGGUAUAGAAUAAAUAUAAAUAAAUGAAGCUCUUAGCAAUCUUUACUUAACUUGCCCAUGGUAAUGAUUCACUUUAGCCCCUGGGGCACUUAUUUACUUUUGGUUCCUCAAGAGAGGGAGCUUAUUUAAGACAGGAUGCUUAUUAGGGAUGGGGAACUUAUUUCUUUUUUUAGAAAGAGCAGACUAUGCAAAACAAAACUUUGAUGUUUAUUAUUUUGAAAAAAUCCAGAAGACUGGAAAACAGAUUUGUUGUCCCUUGAUCCUUCUUGGCUAGGGUUGACCAGCCAAGCAAUCACCACACAAUUUGAAACAAGAUUAUUUGUUUGAAGGAAAUGAGCUCUCACAUGAACAUAGUAUAGUUGAGAGACUAAGAUGAAGAUUAAAACAAACAUGAAAUUUGAGGGAGGCCCUUGAUAGAAAGGGGGCCUUAUUGGAACAAGGGUGCUGAAUCAAAUCAUUAUGGUAUGUAACAUUUUUUUUUCACUAGGUAGCAGCAAAAAGAUGUGGUAAAGUGUUCUCUAAUAGCAGCAAACAAGAAAAGUCAAAGAAAGGGAAGAGAGGAGGCAGCUCUAGACCAGGAAAGAAGGCUGAACCAAACGCUGAGAUGGAGAGAGAGGAUGAACAACUUAGUGAAAAAAAGAAAAUUGAAAUAAUGGUGCAGUGGGCAUUAAAUGGGUUUGAGCCAAGUGGCCCUGAAGGGUUUGCACCAAGUGAAGGUAAAUCAGAACUACUCAUGACUGUGUUUACAUGGUCAGACAUUACCUCCUCUGAUGUCUACUGUCAUGUUUCUAAUCACAGUUAUUAACAAUGGAAAGUAUUGAGUAGUCUUGUUUUGUGGAAGUAAGGUUGCUAAAUCAUUUAGGCACACUGAAGAAGAUGGAUUUGAAAUCUGGAUGCCAUAGGCAACAAAUCAUUCAUUGUUCCUCUUAACAGUCUAAACACAUUCAUCAUGUCCUGUAUUUAACCAUAGUGAGUUUGCAUCCUACUCGUUAUGUCUAAGACAUGUUUUUUAACUUUGCUGUAUCAAUCUCAUUCUUUUAGAGCAUUGACCAUUCUUUGAGAUCAUGAAAUCAGUAGUUAGCCUUUUACACUUCAAACCUUUUUAAGUGCAUUCUAUGGAGCACUGAUUCUCAGUCAAUGGCAUGUAACCUUUCAACUAAAAAGUUCUGUUGUAUGCACAAAUUCUAUGACAGAAAAUUAACCUUUAGUAUAUUCUUAAACCAGGUGAUUUCUUAAAGUUUGGAUUUGUAUAAAUACUUGAGAUGAAGAGGGAAUAAUUGCUUGAUUUUCCUCUAGAGCAAAUUGUUUCCUAGUCAUAAUUCAGUUAACAGUGUUGCUGGGUAUUUUGCAUGCUUCUGUUGUACUAGUUAGAUUAGUUAAUAGUAGGUAAAUGAUGUUACAAUUAGAGAAAUCAAGGAUUAAAAUGGUGUGACAAUUCAUGUUUGAAAAUUUAUUGAACAGAAUUGUAUCUGUCACUGAAAGUAGUAUUUCUCAACCCCUAGAGGAUAUGGUAGACACUCCAGUACCACUAAAUGAAACGGAUCUGACGUCAGAGGAAAUGACUGCUGAUCAAAAGGCACGCUUUGGUAAACCAAUCAAUGAACCAAACCUGGCAGAAAAUAUCAAAGGUAAAAAUUUUCCUUUCCCCAAAUGACUCAGUCAAUCAUGUGAAUAAUAGUCUUUUUCGCAGGUGGUGUUGACCAAGUGGCUUCAUCCAAGUGUAUUGUAAAUACACCAGCAAAAGAAAUUGUGAUUUUUUUGCAGGCUAACUGGCUCUUCACAGACAUGCAAUAAACUUUUAAUUAUCUCUUUUUUUAGAGCUUUACUUUUUCUUAACAUUGAGAGUGUUGCUCAGGUUUAAAUACAGCUUGCACAUGUCAGGAAUAAUUGAAUCGUUUUAAUUUGAGACCAUGAUAUUACAUAAACAACCUUUAUUUUUUCACUGAUUGAAUCUGAUCAACCAUGGUCCUUGUUACAUGCAUUCACCAUGAUAGAAAAAGAUGUAAGUGCUAGAAAGCAACAUCAUGAAAAUUGUAUUUUAUGAAUUCUGGAUUAUUAAAAUGUAUGUAUAAAUUUUUUUAGCUCUGUUUGAUGCAGUAGCAGAUGGAAAAAAGAAAAUUUCAGGUUAGAGUGUUGCCUAAUUUGAAACUAAUUUUCUUUGCUAAGGUUUGUUCAGUAGUAAAAGAUGUUGACAACAAUUGGGAAAAACAAAUUGUCAACAGUGGGUCAGCAAGUCAAGGAUUUAUUCAGUGAUGAUGGUGGUGGAUAAUCUAUCAGAUGUCAGUCACAGUGAGCUAGUCAGGCAGUCAAUUCGAAGUAAUUUGUCAACCAGCUGGUCAGUUUGGUAAUCAGCCCACAACUUGUUGUUGGUUAGUCAGUCAGUCAACAGCCCAUAACAUGUCUUCUGUUUGUUAGGCAGUCAGUCAGUAAGUUAAUCAGUUAGUUAUCAGACCAUCAGACAAUCAGUCAGUCAAUUAGUCAGUCAUUCUUUUGGUCAGUCAGUAAGUCAGUCUGCAGUCAGCCUAUCAUGGCUUCUGUUAGUCAGUCAGUCAGUCAGUUGGUCAGUUAGUUAGUUAGUGGUGGUAAGUUUCUAAAGAAACCAUGGUGCUGUGUCGGUGGGAGAGUAUAACAGGAUAAUUUAGGGUUAUCAACUGAGUUGAUAACAUAAAUUGGCCACCUUAAAGAGUUUAAAGGCUGAUGUUUUGAGUGCUGUUAGCCCUUUGUCAAGGCAAUUGCUCUGAUGAAGGGCUAAUGCUUGAAACAUCAGCCUUUAAACUCUUUAAUGUGGCCAAUUUAUGUUAUCAACUCAGUUGAUAACACUGAAUUACCCAGUCAGUUAGUUAGUCAGUCAGUCAAUCAUUCAGUCAGUCAGUUAGUCAGUCAGUCAGUCAUUCAGUCAGUCAGUUAGUCAGUCAGUCAAUCAGUCAUACAGUCAGUCAGUCAGUUGGUUCACAGCUCUGCAGUCAAUCAGUCAUUGUCAAUCAGUCAGUCAUCAUACUCUCAGUCAGUCAAUCAUUCAGUAAUAAGUCAUUCAGUAAGUUUGGUAGUGAUCCAUUUUAAGCUAGACAGUUUUCAUCACCUUUUUUUAAGUUACGAAAUGGUAUUUUCUUUGUGUUGCUGUUGUCUAGGUAUCUGUCUUGCAUGUGGUGAUGAUAGAGUUUUCACUGAACAUCCAUUGUUUGAGGGAGGUCUGUGUAAAGAAUGUAAGGUACCACAAACUUUUUAAAUGAUAAAUAUAACCUACUUUAAUAUUUAAAUGUGUAAUUUCAUGUAUAUCAUGUGUUGAGGACUUGUGGUGAUUUUAAAAUGAAUCCUAAUUAUGUCUUUUAGACUUCUUUCUUGGAAAAUGUUUAUCUAUAUGAUGAAGAUGGUUCUCAGGUAAGUAAAGUGUGUACUGAUGGCUUAAUUUAUUCUUUAUUUUAUGAUUACAUAGUUGUCACCCUUUUAAACUCUAAAAAUAACUUUAAAGGUUGGAUGCAUUUAAUUGGAAAAUAUCAGACUUUUCUGCUGACCUGCUUAAUUAUUCUCAGAUGUAGUUCAUGACAUUUUCUGUGGUUAAAAGUUAUUGUCAUAUCUUGUGAAACAUGUCAGUAUAGUUGAUUACAGGCUACAAAGCAGUUUUUUGAGUGUUAACCAUCUUGUGGAGCUACAGAGGGCAAGAUGAAGGGUUAACAGUCAAAAAAUUACUUUUCCAGAAUUUUUUUUUUACUGUCAGUUGAACUACCUUUUUCAACUGCUUGUCAAUAAUUCCCUUUCCCAACAAUGUACAUAGCACAUUACCUUUAAAAGAACUGAAUUAUUGGUUAACAUUACUUUGCUCAUUAACCUUGCACUUUGAUGUCAGAUGUAUUGCACAAUCUGUGGAGAUGGCAAGGAAGUUUUCAUGUGUGAUAACACUGGCUGCUUUAGGUAAAAGUUUGUACAAAUCGUGGGCAGUAUUCUUGAGACAUUUCUUGAAUAAUGAGAACAAGUUACAUUGUAACAGGGAGGAAGGGAAUCACUUAGCCCCCACAGGCUCCUCAUCAUGUAUUGCCCCUUGCCUGUGUGUGGAUGAAAGACACAGUUAAUGUGGGUUGAAGGGAUGAUUUACACUAGCAAGGACUAAAUCAAAAUACAUCUUAAGUUGAAUUGAAUACAGGUGUAACUUGAAGACUCUUUUUCAGGACUCAUAACUUUCCAGCCUCAUUAAACCGAUAUAUUAAUUAGUAAAUUAUAAUAAUUUAGUAUUAGCAACUGAGUUGAUAACGUAAAUAGGCCAUCGUAAAGAGUUUCAAAGCUGACGUCUCGAGCGGUAGCCACUCGCUCUGGUUAGGGGCUAAUGCUCGAAACGUCAGCUCAAAACUCUUUACGGUGGCCAAUUUACGUUAUCGACUCAGUUGAUAAAACUAAAUUACCCUGUUGUACUCAGUCUCCCACGGACGCAGCACCACAGUUUCCCUAGAAACUUGCCCCCGUUUGUAUUUGUAAAAUUAGUUUUUUCACAAACUAGACUUCGGUCACUUGACUAACAAACAACUCACUACCGUCCUGAAGAGCUACCCUCACUUGUAUGAUUAGAUCACUUGAUUAUAAAUUUACUCAAUUGACUUUUUCAGGUCAUACUGUAGUCUCUGUAUAGGGAUGUUAUGUGGUAGAAGUGCAGUCAAAGAGGUGAGUGAAUUUAAGCACUGUAAUUUGCGGACGAUUACCCAUGAGAAAUCGGUUCAUUUUAUCAGUAAACAACUACUGUUGCUAUGAGUAAUACUAAGGCGCUGGUUUAUGUGACAAUAUUACAUGACAAUCUACCUUUUGUUCACUUGCUUUUUGCUUUCUAUGCGUCAAAAAAUUACCACAUGCAUUACGACUAAUAUACUCUCUUUUAUGUAUAAGCACUUUUCGUAUAGCUUGUAAGCAAGCCCUGAGUAUAAGUACUGCGGCGAUAACAAAUAGUAGAAAUAAAUUGUCCAGAAAUGGUUCAAAAAAUGUCUGAAGAAAUGGUCCAAAAAAUGGUCCAAAAAUGGUCCAAGGUUCCAUUGGUCCAGUUCAAUUUCAUCCAUUACUAUGUAAUAUGUAAUCGAGCAGCAUGCUCGAGGGACUAAAAUAGACGAUUCCAUGAUCCGAAACUGGCGAAAAAAAAAAGAUGCUGUUGCAAAACAACCAAAAGGUCAGCGUACGGGAAUCGUAAAAUUUCCCGCAUUGGAAACGACUUUAACAGAGUGGAUUGUCAACCAGAGAGAAUGUAGCCGUGCUGUUACUAUCGUCAUGAUUUGACCUAAGGCGAGAGAGUUAGCAAAACAGAUGAAUGUUGCUGAUUUUGUCGGUGGUCAGAGCUGGUAUAUCAGAUUUGACAGUCAGAGCGUGAGGAAGACCCUGCGAUACUAUUAUUAAUUAAAACUAUAACAAAAUUCUCGAACGUGAUUGGUCGUCACAAGCCCGAUUUGAGCAGUGUGCGUCAUGUGCGCGCGUUUUUGUCACACAUUUCGCCGAGUUCACUGUUGCUGUUUUUUUGUGAAAACGUAUGGCCGAUGUCUAGUUUCUUUUUCAAAUUUUGACACAGUGUUGAUGAAUUGGUAACAGAACUUCGUUUCGUCCAAUUCUGUCUGUAAUCACGCUCGUGAUUAACAAAUCGGUCUCCCCCUCAGCAGUCGUCCGAUUUUUUUUAAUCACUCGUAGGAUAGCAGACCGAAUUGGACUCCGCUCAGUCCUAUAACCAUUAUAAAUAUGGACAUCUGUUGAGUUGAAUGUUUUCUUUAUAUUCCCUGACAAUGCCGUAGAACGGCGAAAGCUUAGAAUAAAAAAGAAAUACUGUAGUUCAAGUCCUCAGUUGACUCGUCCAUCAAAUCAUCAACACGUUACUGAAGGACAACGUGAAACGAUUACAAGAAAUAUGGUUUGUUACUCUGUCGAGAAAAAAAAACCGUCAGUUGCAGAAACACCCAACUACACGCAGUUACGAAAAUUAGUUUAUGGUGUUGUGGUUUGCUUGCAUGUCUUGAUCAUUCCAGACAUUUAAGAUGUUCAGAGUUUUGUGAGUUAAUUCUAAUCACAGUCCAAUCUCACUUAGAUUUUAAAAACUGUGUUCUUUCUUCUUGUGUAGAUUGCCGCAGCUGACAAUUGGGUGUGUUACAUGUGUUCAGGAGAGUGUCAAGGACUUAUCAGGCCCCGACACAACUGGUCUGGUAAACUGCAAGAGUUCUUUAUGAACGACAAAGAGCAAGAUUUUGUAAGAAACCUUUCGUAGGUCUACUAAAAGAUUUACUUAGAGAAGUUCACUGGAGUGGUUUUAAGUAUUUUAUGAUUAAGAACGAGUCGUUAUUUAUUGCCCGGAGUUCGGGGGGGGGGAUUGCGUGGUUUUUAUUAGGACUCGAGAGGGGAUCAGUCGUGGCCAUCAGUGCUUAAAGGGGAGACUACAAAAAAGUGACUGCGAAUGAACUUCUAAUGAGAGGGGGAUCUUAAAAAUGUUACAGAACCUCAUCGGGGGGGCGGGUCAGGGAAAUCUUAUCGUGACACAAGCAAAACCCUCCACCCCACCCUCCUGAGCGAUCAAUAGUGAUUGUUACCUUGAUGAAAGAAACGUGUAUUAUACUUGACCAAAAACCGCGUAGGGAGGCGCAAAGGCUGAUUGGAUCUUGCAAAUGGUGUUAAGAAAUUCGGAACUGAAAAAAUCGAGACCUCGAUCUAAGUAGUUUUUAUUUUAGCACCUGGUCGCAACGAGUUAUGAGGCAUUGCUUUUUCUGAAAAGUCAGUCAGGAGGAUGGAAAGAAUCACCUUUUCUUUGUUCACCCAUGUUUAUGCGUCGAUCGAUUUCAAGCUUCAACGUUUCGCGUAGUCAACGCGGGUCAAUGGGUAGAAAUCACGGAGGCUGAUUUUGCCUUUAACGAAAAAACUGACCAUCAAAUCUGGCAUUUGGCAAGGGCAUUUGAACACAAUUUAAGGCCAGGGAUUGGGGAGGAUUUGAACGAAUCAUUCUUAAAAAAGUUUAAAUACCUGGGGGGGAUGUUGAAACUUUGAAUUGAUCAGCGCAUUAAUGACUGCUGUGUGAGUUAGGUUUAACUAUUGACACCAUUAUUUGUGAAUAAUAUUCUUCCUCUUUUUGCAGAAACAGCCAUAUAUUUUCCCAGCAGUUCCCCCGGAAGAGCGCAGACCAAUUCGAGUCUUGUCGCUGUUUGAUGGAAUAGCUUCUGGUUAGUAUUCCACGUAACUAAAUAUGAACAAUGGAUUGCAUCAUUUUUUGCCCGCUAUGCCCUGUGAUUGGCUGGAAAUCUCACUUCCAGCUCCCUUCUUAACCUGUCAGAUAUAACAUUCCCAUUGCGACAUGCUGACUUGCACCCGCGACAUGGUGAUGACUUGGAUCAUGAGCGAUUCUCUCAAAAAUUUCUCUUAUGUGUUGGAAGUUUAUCCUGUCUAAUUUAAACCGGUUUUUUCUUUUACUCAUGUACAAUGUGUGUUCAAUACGGCGAAUACUUAUAGUUUUACAAAGCGUUUUGUCUUUUUCCGCCCAUUGUCCCUCUUACAAAGACGACAAACUGAAGAAUCACGGUCUUUCUGAUUUUUCAAAUGAGAGUCUGACACACCUUCAACAAACCACUUGUCCUUAACCUUUAAACUCACGAGAUAUGAAUUAUAACUUUCCCUUUUCAGCUUUUAUACAAUUCCUUGUAUUUUAGUUAAGAGAAUUUGAUAUCAUAUCAAGAUAGCAACCUUGAGCUGAUAAGUUUCUCUCUUCUCAUUGUCAUCGUAUGGAGAAGUUGCGUAUUAAUCACGUCAGAAGAUCAGAGUGUUGAGAGCAUCAAUGUAUUGAUUUUAUUCGCUCUUACAGGUUUCCAAGCCUUGAAAGAACUUGGUGUUGAAAUCGAAGUGUACUACGCAUCUGAAAUCGAUGAACAAGCCAUACAGGUUGGUAAAAACGAACUCUACAUAACCAGCUAUUUUGCUUAAUGUUUGCUUACGUUUUCACGGCAGAGAAGGGGUACAUAAAGAGAAAACCUCACAAACAACGCGGUAGAAAUUUCUGUAACAGUCGAUGAUCAGUGUGCUAAAAUGCUCUUACGAGUCUUCUUCUCUGAAAUUACCUUUCUAUUUGGUUCUGUUUUAUUAAUGUUCAGCCCUGAAUCCAGAUUCGAAAUUUUUGCGAUACUGACACGAAGUGGUUCAAAAUAUUUCAUAUAAUCAGCAUAACUGUAAACAGGGGAAAGAAAAAUAAAUUUUUUUAAGUAUCAAGUUUAGUCACUUGUAUUUUCGUGCUUUCUAGGUGGCCAAGGUGCAGCAUGGAGAUAAGAUCCAACAUGUUGGUGACAUCACGCAAAUCUCCAGAGAUGAGGUGUGCGCAUUUUCUUGUAGUUGCUAUUGGACUUUGCGUCUUUCUAUUUUUUUGUCCAUUUUUCUUUUGUGUGUUCUUUGUUUCACGGUUCUUUGGUUUUGUUUUUGUUUCCUACCUGACUGAUUCCGUCAGACUCUGCUAGAUGUUGCUCAUUUGAUUUCCAUGUGUAAUGUUUUAAGAUUGAAGAACUUGGACCAUUUGACUUUGUGUUUGGAGGAAGUCCAUGUAAUGAUCUUUCCAUCGCAAACCCAGUGAGACGAGGAAUUUGUGGUAGGUUGAGGGAGUUACUGGUUCUUUUGUAAGGUUUACUGCAGCAUAUUAUCCUUGUGUCAUUCGUAAAAUUUCUUUCUACUUAAAGGCUAGCUUGACAAAUCGCAAAUAACGUUUCCGAUACGCGUUUAUUGGAAAUUUCAGAUACCAGUGAAUUGCAGGUCUUACAAAGCAAUUAUUACUUCUUAGGGUAUUUAACCGUUUGACCUGUAAGAGUGACUGGCAUCUAUUUUUCCUAAAAUGUCACCCCUGAAUCACAUGUUACGGUCACAAGAAUAAGAUAAAUUAUCAGUUACUACUGAAGCUCCUGAUUGUUGAACAAAUUCUACGUUUCAACACCUUAGGAAAUUUAUAGAGAACAAUAUGGAGAAUAUGCAUACUAAUGUUUGGGUGUUUUAAUGUUUAGGGUUUUUUGUUCGUUUAUUUUCCCGUGUUGAAAUAAUAUCACCAUCCUGCUUGCAAGUUAAGUGUAUUCUAUUUCCUCUUUUUCUCAUCUAGAGGGAACUGGCCGUCUGUUCUUCGACUUUUUUCGGCUCCUUCAAUUCGUAAGACCUAAGUCAGAUAUGGAGAGACCUUUCUUUUGGCUUUUUGAAAAUGUCGUUGGCAUGAGAGCAGAUGACAAGAAGAUUAUUUCAAGAUUUCUAGAGGUGGGAACUGUUUAAAUUGUUUAACUGUACACACAUAAUAUUUUGUCCCUCAAAUCAUAGGUUUCAAAUUUUCUGUUUUCGUCUCUGUAAAAAGGCCAGGUUUGUGACAUACUACUAUUUAACAUGUUGAUUCCCUAUAGUGAUCUGAGUUUAAUUGUGGAAGCUUUUCUAAGCCGAGUUAUCCUUUUUCUAAGGUGGGAUUAUUACUUCAGAAUCAAAUGUUAUAUUUAAGGAGUUAAUCUUGGAUUCACCCUUGGUCAAUCGUGUUUCGAGUCGGUCGGUCCUACAGUACAAUGUGCAGUAACCAAUCAGUGCUGGUGAGCUACUCAGACUAUCUUAGUUUGACUGGAGUUCAGAUUAAAUGCAGUUGUCAAACAGAAUUUUGUUUCUUUAUGGCAGUGUAAUCCAGUGGUAGUGGACGCCAAAGAGAUCUCUCCUGCUCACAGAGCUCGUUAUUUCUGGGGAAAUCUGCCCGGAAUGAACAGGUGAUUCAUUUGUACUGUAGCUCUUACGUACUGUACUUUUUCAUGUCUUCAGUAUUAAUAUAGUGUUCUAUAUAACAAUUGAAGCGAAAGAAAACUUGAGCUGAGUGUAACGGAACUGUUUGAAAUUUGUCGCAAGUUUGUAUUGGCCAUAAAAUGAAUGAACAGGUGAUUCAUUUGUACUGUAGCUCUUACGUACUGUACUUUCUCAUGUCUUCAGUAUUAAUAUAGUGUUCUAUAUAGCAAUUGAAGCGAAAGAAAACUUGAGCUGAGUGUAACGGAACUGUUUGAAAUUUGUCGCAAGUUUGUAUUGGACAUAAAACAUUUGUUUCGACAUUAUUAGCUUUUUUUCCAACACAUGUUCAUGCCGUAAAGCCGUAAAUGAUUCUGAGGAUGGAACACGAAGCUAAUUCCACUUCUGGGAAAGACAACCAUCCUCAGAUAAACAGUGAUUAUGGAGAGAACUUGCUCAGUGCGAGGGCUCGUAGAUUCGUCCAGUGUAUCAGUGAACCACUGUUAUGAAAAACUUAUUCAUUUAUGUUCAAGUCAGUAAGAUAGCUAGUGAAUAGGCAUGAAGCUGAGGUCCUAUGUUUAGUGCACACGUUUGUGACUUUGAUUUCACAGGCCUACAGUGCCUUUACCCGGUGAUAAGCUUUGCUUGCAGGAUUGUCUAGAACCAAACUGUGGAAGGCAGGCCAAGGUAAGGCAACAACUACCAAAAAAUAGUUGUAAAUUAUGCGUGUUUCAACAACAACAACAACAAAUCUUUUUUGUUCAGCAAAAUGGUAUCAAAAUGGAACAAAAAAAUUGUUUUAUAAUGAACAAGUAAUCAUUAUUCGAGCUUCGAGGCUAGAGGAACUGUGAGAUUUUCGAGCUAGUCCCUGUCCAAUUAAAGUCAGUUUUUAUUUAAAGAAAAUUAAAAAAAUUAAGAGAGAGCAGUAAGAGAGAAAGAAACCAAAGUCAAUAGAUAAUGUAGUAUUACUUAGUACGACAGAUAGUAUAAUUUCUACUCAAUAUACUUCUUGGUGAGCGAUCCAGCUGCUUAAAAGCAGUUUUUUUAAUCUUGUAAUUUUUUAGUUCACUAAAGUACAAACUCUGACCACCAAUGCCAACUCUAUGCUUCAAACCAAGAAAGGUCUGUUUCCAGUUCAGUAUACAGGAGCAGACGGACAGCGGAAGGAAGAUGUGCUUUGGAUCACGGAGAUGGAGAGGUAAUCAUUACGGCCACUAGACAGAAAUGAAACAUUUUUUGUUCCUUUUACCCUGCGAGAUAGAGUGCUCAACCAAAGAGUGAUUUCCUUCAAACGGCGAUUUUUCACUCGUUGGCACACAGCAUGCAGUGCACUUUGAUUGAGUGUUGUUAAGAGAAUAUGGUGAAUCGAGUUGUCUUGAUGUCCUAAAUCUAAAAGUAAAGCUAUAUUUUUGGCCAUUCAGAACAAAGGUAAAUAUUACAAUCAUCCAAUAAUCACUCAAACUAAGAAAAACAAACCGCCCCAAGUACGGGACAACGCGAAAGCGCGAGUCAAAAUUGAAAUCAGUUUUUUCGAUUGCCUUUCUCAAUGGUUAUGACUGGUUGACCUUGAGAAAUACGGCGGAUAUAUAUAUAUAUAUAGCACAAGUGGUAAUAACUUCCUCUAUAAACCAAAAUAUCUCGAUUGGCCUCAUGAUUUAUUUUGUCUGGUCCAAAAGUGCACGCGAACAGGAGUUUAGGCUCAGUUGCUACACAAGGUAUAAUCAUAUUCAAAUCAGUUCAUUUCUAUGUACCUUGUACCCAAUUAGAGGCUAGUCUUGCUUUGAAGAAACGACGGAUUAGGAAACUUGGAUAGGCGAGAAAUUUUCUAUGUCAACCACACCUUCUAUCGUUUGAUUUCUUAGUCAACUGUGCUUGUGAUAAUCUUUGAUUCACCGGGGAAACUUUCGCAACCGUGGUCUAGUUAGCUUUUCUUGUUGAAAAUUGAAAAAGAAAACUCGUUUUACUGGAAAUGAGUGAGUGGAAAUCCAUCGAUUCCCGGUUGGCGCCUCACUCGCGACUAAUUUUGAGCGACCACGACUCUAAGAAGAUGUAAAAGAAACAAUUGGAGGUCGUUGCCAUGGCAAAUAUAGCAGUUUGUUGUUAUUCCACGUGUGCUUUAGUGUCGAAAGUUUUCCAGCCUUCAUCAGACUAUCCUUACCCAGGAAACUACUUUACACUAUUUACUAUUCCCCUCGGCUAAACCCAAUUGGUUUCUCGUUACCUAAGCUACACCCGAGCCAAUUGACCCAUUCGGCGCGAAUUCCUUCCAGCGUUCAUAAUAUGACAUGCGUAUUUGUACACCUAAUGGAUGGGAUCACAUACUCAUGGAUGAGAAAGCCACCCUGUGGGUAAAGCGCACAAUGCUCACAACUGGAAAUUUCUGGACUCAGAGUCUAACACGCUGACCAGGAUGACAUUGCGUCCUCCGCUACUAAUUGCGCUUUAAAAAUAGUACUUCUUUGCUUUCCAUCUUGGCUUUAGGUUGUUUGGUUUACCAUCGCAUUACACCGACGUCAGUAACAUGGGGCGCUCACAGAGACAGCGGCUGUUAGGGAAGUCUUGGAGUGUUCCUGUAAUACGGCAUCUUCUGUCUCCUUUAAAGGAAUACUUUAAAUGUGAAGCAUGAAAUGCUUAUAUGACGUGACCGAUGCAUACGCAGCUAGUUGUGUCCGAAAGUGAAAACGGCCAGUUUUUUUUUGUAUGUGGUAUAUUUGUCCCUCGUUUACUGGACUAUUUUAAUAUUCUUCUAUUUUAAUAUUCUUGUAAUUCAAGGUUAGUUCUUUCGUAUGCAAAAACACCCGUUCCAGUUUUUUUUUCAGUCUGCAAGGAAAGAAACGAAACCAAAACACAGAUAUGAACGUCUUUUUUAAUUUGAUGCUUUAGGUAACUCUUGUAAAUUUGCUGAAUACUAAGUGAAAUCCUCCAUGUUGCCCUAGGUGGUCACAGCGUAAGGUGCUCAGGACCACCAGUGUAGUAGGGCGAUCUCUGUUUGGUUACCAGUUAGACUACGAUCGUCACGUUACGUUCUGGUCCAAUUGAUCGUGCGUCUUUUAAUAAAGUUUGUGUUGGGGGUGGGGGGUGGUGUUGCAGGUGUACUAUAUUCUCCUGGGUGAUAGGCUUAACAAACUUGUUCUUUGUUCUAAUAUUCUAAGAGGAAACAAAUAAAAACAUCCAUCAUAUCUAGCGUUCGUUUCCUUAGAGUUAGUCUUGUUCUGGGAUCGAAGUUGGAUCUGGCCCACAUUUCUUUUUCGCACAUGAUCUAUGUCUGUAUCAGAACUCAAUUGCAACGACUGGAAACCAGUGCCUUUUGGCGCAGCAAAAUUUGAAGUAGAUGUUCACUUAAGGAGGAGGGAAGGGGAGGGUAGAGGCAGGAUUCGAGCCUAACGUUACGCGGGAAACAAGUGAAAAGCAAAAUCUGGAAAAUUUUAGAAUGGAU